AUGGAUAAGUAUUUACGCCCUGAGCGGUUUGAAGGAGACCCAUCGCAAAGCACCGCGGCCGCAGAAUGGGAACAUUGGAAGAAGACCUUCAACAACUUCCUGGCGGUGCAAGUUCUCUCUUCCGAUCAGGUCAAGCUAAAUAUUUUAAUCAAUCAUCUGUCUCCGAAUGUAUAUAACUACAUAAGCGAGUGUCAAACUUACGAACAAGCAAUACGCGUACUAGACGGGAUUUACGUAAAACCUAAGAACAUCCUUUAUGCGCGCCAUGCUCUCGCUACACGAAAGCAAAACAGUGAAGAGACAAUCGACACAUAUAUUCAAGCUCUGAAACAAUUAUCUAAAGACUGUGACUUCACUGCCGUCGAUGGCAAUACAAACCGGGACGACAAUAUCCGUGAUGCCUUCAUAGCAGGAAUCUCUUCAACAAAAAUCAGAGAAAGGGUUCUUGAGAACCUCAGCCUAACAUUAGAUGAAGCACACAACCGAGCUCGCUCCCUAGAGAUGGCAGAAGUUAACACAUUACAUUACAGCAGCACGACCCCUGUGAAUGCAACUAUUGAAAACAUACGCAAUACAGCUGGUCCAAGCGAAAACACUUCCGCGCCAGCCUUGCGGAGCAAUCGAAAAUGUUUCUUCUGCGGAGGACGUGUACAUCCACGCAAGACCUGUCCCGCCUUCGACGCUUCUUGUCAGCUUUGCAAUAAGAAGGGACAUUUCGCUAACGUAUGUCGUAGCAAGAAUCAAACCAGUGCUGCAAUAUCUGAUACGAAUAAUGUCAGUUCCAGCAUCGUCGCUGCAUCACCGUCAUCGUUACGCAAAACAACGAUACCUACGUACAUCAACGGUAUCAAAGCUGAAGUAUUGCUAGAUACUGGCAGUGCCAAGAGCUUUAUGGAUUCCAAAUUUGCUAAGUCAUGUUCCUUGACAAGUAAGCCCAGCCAACAGAGAAUAUCCAUGGCCUCUCUAAGUCAUAGUGAACCAGUUGCAGGAGAAAUAACUAUCGAUCUUACAUUGGGUAAGCAUUCAUAUGAUCACUUACGGCUACUGCUAGUAGAAAAUCUAUGUUCCGACGUCAUUAUUGGCCUCGACGUAUUGGCUCAACAUUCUUCUAUCGAAUUCGAUUUUGGCGGUCCGAGAGAACCUUUAGUUGUCUGCAAUGUGGCUGUAGCGUCCGUGCCUGCAGUACCUUUAUUUGCAAACCUAACGCCUGGAUACAAACCGAUUGCCAUCAAGUCACGGCGGUACAGUGACGACGAUCGACGCUUUAUUGAGGAGGAGAUAAAGAACCUUUUAAAGGAAGGUAUCAUCGAAGAAAGUAGGUCACCAUGGCGAGCGCAGGUGCCAAUUUUGCCAGAGGAGAGACAUUAUACUGCGUUCGAAGCUGCCGGAAAUCUUUACGAAUUCCGCCGCAUCCCUUUUGGUGUUACCAAUGGAGUUUCUAGCUUCCAGAGAACCAUAGAUUGGCUUAUUCGGACAGAAAAUCUGGCAGGCUCAUUUGCCUAUCUCGACGACAUAACAAUAUGUGGCAAGUCACCUGAAGAGCAUGAUACGAAUUUGCAAAACUUUCUGACAGCUGCUAAAAAGUACGGUCUUACUCUCAAUGAAACCAAAUCUAUUUUUAAACACUCUUUCAUUAAUAUACUUGGCUAUACGAUCGCUAAUAAUGUUAUCCAACCUGACAGUGCCAGAUUAGAGCCUCUUUUAAACUUACCUCCUCCGCAUGACUUGCCCAGUAUGCGCAGAGCCCUGGGCAUGUUCGCUCACUACUCCAAGUGGAUACCAAACUUCUCUGAAAAAGUACACGAGCUAGCAAAAACAAAGACAUUUCCACUAACCAAUACUAUGAUUAAAGAUUUCGGAGAUCUUAAUCUUCUUUACAUAGUAAAAUCGUGUGUUCACGCCAUUGACGACAACGUUCCAUUUACGGUUGAGACAGAUGCAUCGGAGCACUCAAUUGCCGCGACGCUUUCACAAGCUGGCAGGCCUGUAGCAUUCUAUUCGAGAACACUUAAUCAAAGCGAACAGAACCAUUCGGCGAUUGAGAAAGAAGCUUACGCUAUCGUUGAAUCCUUAAAGAAAUGGCGGCAUUUUCUCAUCGGGAAGCUAUUUCUGCUCAUCACUGAUCAGCGUUUUGUUUCCUUUAUGUUCGACAAGAAACAUACCAGUAAAAUCAAAAAUGAGAAAAUUCAGCGCUGGCGCCUGGAGCUGUCUCCAUACAAAUAUGAAAUAGUGUACAGACCCGGCACACAGAACCAUGUAGCGGAUGCCCUCUCCCGUGUCUGCGCCAUCGUCGAUACACCUGCGAAGCUGCAAUCUCUCCAUGAAGCUCUCUGUCACCCAGGAGUAACAAGAAUGCCACAUUGGGUUCGUUCCAAAAACUUGGCAUAUUCCAUUGAAGAAAUAAGGAACAUGACGAACCAAUGUCGCAUCUGCUCAGAAGUUAAGCCUAGAUUAUCUAAAGCAGAUCCACAAAAUAGACUUAAAUAG